AUGCUGAGAGGCAGUAUUGGCAAAUGGACUCUAGCCUUGACAGAAUUUGCUUUCAGAUAUGUUCCUCAGAAAGCUAUCAAAGGACAAGCUGUAGCAGAUUUCCUAGCAGAUCAUCCAGGGGAAUUGAUUGAAAACAUGGAUUCUUUGGAUAUAGCAAAUGCAAAUAUGUUGAUUGAAGCUCAUACUUAUCUAAACAAUCCCAUCUAUCUAGUCCACCUCACACCUUGGAAACUGUACUUUGACGGAUCAAAAACUGAUGUAGCUUAUAGGGCAAGGAUUGUUUUAGAAGAGCCACUAGGGAUCAUACACUAUUAUUCCUUCCAGUUAGAUUUCCAGUGCACCAACAAUAAGGCUAAAUAUGAAGUUUUAAUCAUUGGCCUCAAAAUGUUGGUGGAAUUAGGAAUCCAGUCUGUGGAAAUCUUAGGAGAUUUUAUGCUUGUGUUAAAACAGAUUGCUGGAGAAUACAAGUGCUUAAAUCCUUCUUUGGCUGUCUAUCUAGUGGCAGCCAAAAAUCUUUUGACAGAAUUUAGGGAAGCUACUUGGGAACAUAUCCCAGGGGAGGAGAACUUUGCAGCCAAUGAAAUGGCUCAGAUAGCAAUAAGGAUACAAAUGCCUGAAGACUAUGUGCAAAGGAUUAUCAAGGCAGGAAAGAAAAGUCUACCAUCUAUUAUGACCAGAGGAAUGGAGAUAGAUGUCAAUUCUGCCAUAAUCAUUGAAGAUGAUUGGAGAACUCCCAUCAUAAAUUACUUGCAGUAUCCGACCUUGCCUUCUGAAAAAAGAGUUAGAAUCAUGGCUUUGAACUACCUUAUGUGGAAUGGAGAUUUGGUCUGA